GCGGAAAGUCUACUUUGCCUACAUCCUUCCAAUUGCUUACCCAUAUAUCUGUCCCGGCUUACGUACAGACACGAUGAACAGCAUCAGAAAGGUCAUAGUUAUUGGUGGCGGGCCUGCAGGAAUAUUAACAGCGCUUCGACUUCAGCAGAGCCAUCAAAUCGCUUGCGUGAUAUACGAAGUUCGACAAGAGCCAACCACACUUGGCGGAGCGAUAGGUAUACCCUCAAAUGGCCUGCGAUUGCUACAACGACUCGGCCUUUACGAAAAGCUUACAGAGAAGGGUGAAGAUACGAGAGACAUGGUCAUACACUCCUUGAAGGGUGCCGUCAUGGGCAAGAUUGACAUGGUGUCGUGGAGCCGAAAAACCACAGGAUUUGGUUACAUGAGAAUUCGACGAACCGAUCUCAUGGACGUUCUUCUGGAUGCUGCAAAUGCUGCAAAAAUCCCUAUACAUUACGGCAAACAUCUUGCUAGCAUCGAGGAGAAAGAUGACAUAGUCACAACUUCGUUCUCAGAUGGCACGACUGAAUCGGCAGACUUUCUCCUUGGAUGCGAUGGUAUACAUUCUUCGGUUCGCAAGCUGUACGUGGAUCCUGGAUGCAAGCCAGAGUAUACUGGAAUAGCCAAUAUGUACUCGCUCCUGUCCACAUCAAUGCUGACACCGUCUGCUAAAUCGAUGACCGGCCUGAACAUGACCCUCACCUCCGACGGUUUAUUCGCUAUCACCCCUGUCAACCAGGCUCGAGAUACCUUAUAUUGGUUCUUCUCCCGAGAAGUUACGAUUCCCUCAGAGGGUGACAAUCGCAGCGGCUGGGAACAGCGCAGCAAGCAAGAGAUUGACGCUGUCAAGACCACACUGCUGCAGACUCUGGGCGAUGCAGACUCGGGAUGGCUUGAGAUGCUGCGCGACAUAGUGCACAAAACAGAGCAUGUACGCUUCUACCCUAUCUACAAGAUCCCAGCAGGACGGAAAUGGCACAAAGGCCGCUGUCUUAUCAUUGGAGAUGCGGCGCACGCAAUGCCACCUCACGCUAGCCAAGGCGUAUCCAUGGCCCUGGAAGAUGCAUUUCUGUUUUCAAAGCUAUUGGAUAGUCAAUAUAACAGUAUUGAGGAUGCACUGCAGGUGUACGUGGAGAAGCGGAAGGCGCGGACGGAAGAUAUGUUAAAGACAACAGAGAGUAAUGGCUCCAUCCGCAGGAAAAAGGGGGCGUGGGAGCUAUGGGCAAAUGAGAGGGCUAUUUCUGGAGGCUUAUGGGUCUAUAAUAUGGCUGGCUUAGACAAGUUGGGGCUUCGGCAAAAACCUCUGGCCUAUGAUGUUGAAGAGGAGGAAUUCAAGCUUUAA